AUGAAUGGUGGCAUCGAAAAGUACCCUGACACACUAAAAUUCGGUGAUAAAAUUGGCAAUACAACGGAAGAAGUGGUUGACUUGUUUGCUGAUUACUUCGAAUCGAUUUACGUACCUGAUGAAGAGAAUUGGGAUUUUGACGAUAUUUACGUUCCGAUAACAGCCACAUCGAAAAUAUCACGAAUCGUUCCGGUAUACAAAAGAAAGGGUGACAAAGCAUACGUAAAGAACUAUAGAGUCGUAGCCAUCCAAACGAUCGUACUAAAAAUCCAUGAUAUUGCAGUGAAGAAGAAGAUUAGUGAGAUUAUUCAACCUCAACUGAAAAGCGCGCAACAUGGAUUCAGGAAUAAGAGAUCAGUUGUCACCAAUCUGCUAGGUCUAUCAAUUAUGGCUCACAAUGCGUUCGAACGAUCAUGUCAACUCGACUUGUGUUAUGGUGAUUACAAAACUGCCUUCGACAAAGUGAUAAUACGUUUGUUAAUUGUGAAAUUUGCGAGAUUUGGUAUUGGGAAGAAAACAGCAAGCAUUUUUAAGUCAAGAUUGUACGAAUCUACAUCUGGAGUACCGGCCGGAAGUUCUCUUGGCCCACAAAUGUUCACAGUGUUUAUCGAUGAUGUAGUCGACGUUCUUGAAUUUGUGUGCCCUCUACUAUUUGCGGAUGACAUCAAGUUGACGUCCAUUAUCUUCGAUCACAGCGAUAUACAUCGAAUGCAGCGAGAUAUCGAUAACGUUAAUAGAUGGAACACAGAGAAUCGUCUUCAAUUCAACAAGGACAAAUGUUACAUAUUCAGCAUUUACCGAAGUGAAUCAUUGUUCAUCAAAGCCGAUUACACAAUGGGUGAUCACGUCAUAGAGAGAGUCGAAGAAAUGAACGAUUUGGGAUUUUUGGUCAACAGCUGCGGUUAA